AAAAAUGUCAGCCCCGACAUUCAUUUUCUCAAUUCUUCUUCUUCUUCAGUUCCUCUUUGCCUCCCUGACCUACGCCUCAGAUGGCAGUUGGCAACUCCUACAAAAAAGCAUCGGCAUCUCAGCCAUGCACAUGCAGCUCCUUAAUAACGACCGUGUGAUUAUGUUCGAUAGAACCGAUUUCGGGCCGUCAAAUUUGCCACUUCCCGGAGGGAAAUGCCGCAAUGAUUCAACUGACACGGCGCUCAAAGUGGAUUGCACAGCUCAUUCAGCCGAGUACGAUGUUUUCGCCAAUAAAUUCAGGGCUCUCAUGGUCCAAACCGAUGUUUGGUGCUCUUCAGGCAGCAUCAUGCGCGACGGUAACUUGGUCCAAACAGGUGGUUUCAAUGACGGUGACCGUAGGGUCAGGGUGUUCAACCCCUGCCGGACAUGCGAUUGGAAUGAAAUACCAAAUGGAUUGGCGGUGAAAAGAUGGUAUGCUUCUAACCAUUUAUUUCCCGACGGAAGACAAAUCAUUAUCGGUGGUCGAGGACAGUUUAACUAUGAGUUCGUCCCUAAAAACAUCGUCGCUAAUAAGAUCAAUUUACCUUUCUUGUCGGAAACCAACGACAAAUGAGUGGAGAACAAUCUCUACCCUUUCGUUUUCCUCAA